AUGCCUUCAAUAAUAGGUUUUUUUCAUGGCGUCUUAGCUUGCAAAAAAUUGUGGGAUUCUGUGCUUGAAGAAUCAACAUUAUUUGAAGAUGAAACAUUUUUAAAUGGUGGUCCAUCUUUAGAAGAUGAACUUCUCGGAAAAGGUUAUUUGAACGAAAUACCUUUAGGGUCUUCUUUAGCAGCUGAACUUCAAUCAGCCACACAUGAAGAAAUAGUAGUAGAUAAUAAUGAUAAUACAACUAAUAUGUUAACUCAUUCAACAGAGAUACCAUCAUCUAAAUUAGCAUCUGUGGCAAUGGAUAGACGUCCCUUAUCUUGUGAAGUAACAAGUCCUCUAUUAUCGCCACUUCAAUGGUCUGCUUCUACUGGUAUUCGUAGUAGAAGAUCUUCUUUCUCUUCUUCAUGGUCUUCUAUUAAUGACCCUGAGGAAGAGGAUCCAUUUGAAGUAUUAAAACGACAACUUGAAGACUUGAAUACAGCAGUAUGGGAAACAAAGACGCUGCACAAGCGAUUGUUAAAGACUUUAACCGCUGAUGAAACACUUCAAGACCUCGUGACUUUUGCUCCACCACUUGAAUAUGUAAUUCAAUCAGUGAUUAAUCUUGUUGAACGUAAAUCGCGCGACCGUGAAAGACAAACGAGUUAUUUACGAAGCUUAGAUAGCACUUUACGAAAGGAAACGACUUGGAUGUCAGUAGAUGCGUUAAAAGACAUGGAGACUCUGUUAGCUUCUAUUAAACUUACUUUAAAUGAUUCUAAUUAUUCUUAUCAAAAUCCUUUACCUUCAUUAAGAAGUCUAACAAUCGAGACAAAUGCAGCUACUGAAUCACUUGAGGAAUUAAAAGAAAUCAUGUAUGUUAACAAACGACAAGUACAAGAAUUAAAUUCUCGACUUCGAUCUAUUGCGAAAACAGUUCAUGAAGUUAGAAAGGACAUGCGAAGGAUAAAUAAAUUUAUAGAAGAAAAAGAUGAUGAAGAUCCUGUUGUAUUAGAAAAGGGUGAAGUAGCAGAAAGAGUUAAAGAAAUUAUGUGGGGCUUAGAUGAUUUGGAUUUAGAAUCAACAAAGAAGCUUAAACAAAUGCAACUCUUUUGGGAAACUGCUCAAAUUAAAUGCCCUUAA